AUGCGCCGUAAGAUCGCGGAGGACGACGGCUUCGUGACGCUGAAGACCUUCCUGCAGUUCAAUCGGGUGCGGGCGCUGAAGUGCCGGUCAGAGGCCCAUCUGCAGAGGGCGGUGCGCAGGUCGGAGAUGCUCGUGCUCAGCGAGGACCAGACCAAGGUGAAGAGGGAUUACGUGAAGAACCCCCAGGACAAGGGCUCGCGCGAUGAGAGGAUGAUCUACGUGGAGGGCGUGCCCGUGAUCUUCGGCAUCGACGACUUCGUCAAGUUCUUCGGGGCCUACGGCCUGGUCCGCUGGGUGGACCUCCCGCGCCACCGGGAGACGCGCGAGCCCCGCGGCUUCGUGUUCAUCGAGUUUGCCGCCGUCGAGGAGGCGGUGGCGGCCGUGGAGGCGGUGGACGGAUCCUGGCCGAGCACGUGGCCGGUGCGGAACGACGCCAAGGCGCUGCGAGCAAUGAUGAAGGCGAGGUGGUCGCAGCUGAAGCAGGAGUACCGCGAGCUGCAGCGCACGGCGCGGACCGUGGGCACCGCCCCGCGGCACCGCCCGCGGGCGCGGCGCGGGGCCGGGGGGGCCGGCGUGGGCCGCCCGGCUGCCUGCUGCGGCUGUCGGGCUUCUCGCAGCCCCAGUCGGCGCUGUCGGUGCGGCAGUUCGUGGAGCACGCCGUCGCUGUGGAGUACUGCGACUUCCCGGGCCCGCACGCCGCGGUGGCCCACCUGCGGCUGGCGCGGCCCGAGGACCG